AUGAAGAACUUGUUACUGAGUUGUCAGUUUUUCGCUCCCGGCUUGGCGAAUUACAAGAGACCUCACGUGGUCUUUAUUCUUGCGGAUGAUCUCGGAUGGGACGAUGUCGGAUGGGCAAACGAAAAAGUCAACACGCCAGUGCUGGACAAGCUCCGCGAGAAUUCGAUUGAGCUCGACCAGUACUACGUCCAGCAAGUCUGCACGCCGUCUAGAGCCGCUCUUAUGACAGGAAAGGCGCUAUCCGAUCCGUUACGGCCUCCAACGCGGCGUGAUCAGACCCGACGAGCCCGAAGGAGUCCCCUUCGCGAAGUGCUGCUCCCGCGCGGCUUCAAAGAGUGCGGCUACACCACUCAAAUGUUCGGCAAGUGGCAUUUGGGCUAUUACACGAAGGCGCAUUUGCCGCAAAACCGCGGCUUCGACAGAUUCUUUGGCUUCUAUCUUGGAUCACAAGACUUUUACUUUCACCGCACUGGAUUCAAAACUGACAAGAGUUUCUGGAGAGAAGCAGCAACUCAAGAAGAAUUAGAGAAAGUUAAUCAUGAAAGACUGGGCCCGGCAAGCUAUUUAGAAAACUUUAGUCAGGGGUUGCCGAGCCCAGAUGAAAGAACGGCACUGCCAGCUGGAUACGACUUCCGAGAAGCCUAUUCAAACGGCGAAGAAAUCAUCAGACACGACGCGUGGGGACAUUACAGCACGAAUGUCCUGAUAAACGAUGCUAUCGAGCAACUCAAAAGACACGAAGGAGUGGAGAUCCCCUUCUUUCAUUUCCUAUCGAUGCAGGACCCCCAUGUUCCGAAGCAGCGGCCGAUUAGACUCGAGAAAGCGGUGGAGCGGUUCAAUCUCGCUGAAAAGAGAAAAACGUUCGUCACAAAGGUAAAAUCAAUGGAUCUCGAGAUCGGACGCUACAUCGACGCGCUGAAAGAAACCAACCACUACAACAAUACGAUCAUCAUUUUCUCCUCCGACAACGGCGGUUCGAGGUCCAAAGGAGCUUGCAACUGGCCACUCAGGGGCGGCAAGGGAAGCAUCUUCGAUGGCGCUUUCAGAUCGAGGGCUGCUUCACAUUCCCGGACUGGAAUACAAAAAUAUCCGCACAUGUUCCACGCUGUCGACUGGAUGCCCACUUUGAUGGAAUUGCUCAACUGUAAGUUGCCCAGGGCUCAUUUGCCUCUGGACGGAGUUUCACAUCUCAAAACGCUACUCGGAAUGAAUGAAAAAGCUCCUCGAGAAGAAAUGCUACUCGACAUUGAUCCAGGACCGCCUGGAAAGAACCUUUGUAAAGUAAUCGAAGAAGGAACGACUGAUGCCCGCGAUUUUUCGUUCACGAAAAAUGAAGGCUUCGACUUCAGGAUGCGCGCAGCUCUUCGCUUCAAAGACUGGAAGAUCAUCACUGGGCCGCCGUGCUCGGGACCGCGCUGUGGCGUUCAAACGGACACGAGAAAUUACUUGGGACUCGAGGAGUUCGUUUCCAAUGAACGAGGCGUUCGACUUUACAAUAUCACUGCGGAUCCGAGAGAAGCGUUUGACCUCUCCGACAAACAUCCCUGGAUCACCAAGCAGCUUUUAAUGAGACUUUGCAAGUAUCACAAGGAGCAAUCUCAAUUCGUGGAUCGAGAAGGCAGUCUGGAAGCACACCCAGAGACCUCGGCGCACGUUUGGAAACCUUGGCGAGAGACGGAAAUCAACGACGAGGCUCACCAAGAUUACAUGAAGAGAAUAAACUAA